CGCAGGCUGCGAAAAGGUCAUUUUUCAGCCUCACCGUCGUCUAAAAAACGAUUAAUCUCACGUAUAAAACAUGUAUUGUUUCUUCAUCUCGAAUAUUUGUGUUUAAUUCAAGAAAAAGGUUAAACGGUGUAUCGUCGCUAAAUAACAUGUUAUAGUUCCACCGAAGGACGCAGCGGAAGGACACCACACUGUUUUGUAUAAAUACUGCUGCGCUGCUCUUUGUUCCUCAGACCUGACAGCAGCCGGAGCAGAUUGGUUACAGCUGGAAAAACACUUGUUUUGUCAAAAUGCAGAUCUUCGUGAAGACCCUCACUGGAAAGACCAUCACCUUGGAGGUGGAGGCAAGUGACACCAUUGAAAAUGUCAAGGCCAAGAUCCAGGACAAAGAAGGCAUCCCCCCAGAUCAGCAGAGGUUGAUCUUUGCUGGCAAGCAGCUGGAAGAUGGCCGCACUCUCUCCGACUACAACAUCCAGAAGGAGUCCACUCUUCACUUGGUCCUGCGUCUCCGUGGAGGCAUGCAGAUCUUCGUGAAGACCCUCACUGGAAAGACCAUCACCCUGGAGGUCGAGCCAAGUGACAGCAUCGAGAACGUGAAGGCCAAGAUCCAGGACAAAGAAGGCAUCCCCCCAGAUCAGCAGAGGUUGAUCUUUGCUGGCAAGCAGCUUGAAGAUGGCCGCACCCUCUCCGACUACAACAUCCAGAAGGAGUCCACCCUCCAUCUUGUGCUCCGUCUGAGGGGAGGCAUGCAGAUCUUUGUCAAGACCCUCACCGGAAAGACCAUCACCCUGGAGGUUGAGCCAAGUGACAGCAUCGAGAACGUGAAGGCCAAGAUCCAGGACAAAGAAGGCAUCCCCCCAGAUCAGCAGAGGUUGAUCUUUGCUGGCAAGCAGCUUGAAGACGGCCGCACCCUCUCCGACUACAACAUCCAGAAGGAGUCCACCCUCCAUCUUGUGCUCCGUCUGAGGGGAGGCAUGCAGAUCUUCGUCAAGACCCUCACCGGAAAGACCAUCACCCUUGAAGUCGAGCCAAGUGACAGCAUCGAGAACGUGAAGGCCAAGAUCCAGGACAAAGAAGGCAUCCCCCCAGAUCAGCAGAGGUUGAUCUUUGCUGGCAAGCAGCUUGAAGAUGGCCGCACCCUCUCCGACUACAACAUCCAGAAGGAGUCCACCCUCCAUCUUGUGCUCCGUCUGAGGGGAGGCAUGCAGAUCUUUGUCAAGACCCUCACCGGAAAGACCAUCACCCUGGAGGUUGAGCCAAGUGACAGCAUCGAGAACGUGAAGGCCAAGAUCCAGGACAAAGAAGGCAUCCCCCCAGAUCAGCAGAGGUUGAUCUUUGCUGGCAAGCAGCUUGAAGAUGGCCGCACCCUCUCCGACUACAACAUCCAGAAGGAGUCCACCCUCCAUCUUGUGCUCCGUCUGAGGGGAGGCAUGCAGAUCUUCGUCAAGACCCUCACCGGAAAGACCAUCACCCUUGAAGUCGAGCCAAGUGACAGCAUCGAGAACGUGAAGGCCAAGAUCCAGGACAAAGAAGGCAUCCCCCCAGAUCAGCAGAGGUUGAUCUUUGCUGGCAAGCAGCUUGAAGACGGCCGCACUCUCUCCGACUACAACAUCCAGAAGGAGUCCACUCUUCACUUGGUCCUGCGUCUCCGUGGAGGCAUGCAGAUCUUCGUGAAGACCCUCACUGGAAAGACCAUCACCCUGGAGGUCGAGCCAAGUGACAGCAUCGAGAACGUGAAGGCCAAGAUCCAGGACAAAGAAGGCAUCCCCCCAGAUCAGCAGAGGUUGAUCUUUGCUGGCAAGCAGCUGGAAGAUGGCCGCACUCUCUCCGACUACAACAUCCAGAAGGAGUCCACCCUCCAUCUUGUGCUCCGUCUGAGGGGAGGCAUGCAGAUCUUCGUCAAGACCCUCACUGGAAAGACCAUCACCCUGGAGGUUGAGCCAAGUGACAGCAUCGAGAACGUGAAGGCUAAGAUCCAGGACAAAGAAGGCAUCCCCCCAGAUCAGCAGAGGUUGAUCUUUGCUGGCAAACAGCUGGAAGAUGGCCGCACCCUCUCCGACUACAACAUCCAGAAGGAGUCCACCCUCCAUCUUGUGCUGCGUCUCCGUGGAGGAAACUAAUCCCCCUCCUCUCUAAAGAAGUCUAGAGAAAGCCACCCAUCUAUACCAGGGUUGAAUUUUCAAUUUUUGCUCCGGCUGUCAGUCAUUCCAUUUUUAUUUGUUUUCAUUUUUUAAAGUUUAAAUAAAGAUUGAGCAUUCCUGACUUUUGCAUUUUACUUUAAAUGAUUUAAUUGAGACUGGUUUAGCUGACAGUGUGUUCAUGGGGUUCCACAAUUUGAUUGAUGGUAAUUUAUUAAACGGAAAAUACAUAAGCAUGAUGUAAACCGUAUAGGAUCAAAGUAUGCAUAGAUAAAAGUUCACUAUCGGGUAAUAUAAUAUAAUGUUGACUGUUUUUCGACAAACCCCCAGAAUGGAGCCGCUGAAAAUAUUGCUGUGACAAAUGUUGGUGGUAACUAAUAAAAUGACUUGAACUGUC